AUGGCUGGCCCCCCUGUCAUGCACCACCCUGAUUGUUUACUUGAACCCGCCCAAUACGCCCGUCGCUUCUUGACCGCUCUUCUCGGUGUCCCUCUGGCGACCGGUGACAUGAAAGAAGGGGACACACAGGGCACUCUGACACUCCAUUUUCAUGAGAACAAAGACAAAGACGGGAAUCCAAGCAACCGGGUCUUUGGCGUCAGCAGUUGUCAUGUCCUCCGCAAAGAUACCCACAAUGACUACGAACAAAGAGGUAUCUUUGCACCCAAGGAGUAUGUCAGGAUGUGCAGCUUGCGCAGGUUCCGACAUGGCCUCUAUGAGAUCACGGACAAGAUUACUGAACACAGCUUCUCUGCCCGUUCCUUGGCCCUACAAGUUGCGGCAUUGCAGGGGAAAGAGGGGCUGGAUGAAGAGGGGGCUCGUAGCUUGCGUUGGUGUCUCUUCCGGUUGGGGAAUGAGCACGAAGCUUUGACCGGUCUUGAGGCUCUCUACCAUGAGAUAAAAAGCGAUUGGUCAGAUAUAAAACACGCCGAUCGCACCAUUGGAUGCAUUCAGCACGCCAAAGCAGUCAAGGUCGACCAAGAUGGGCCCUGUUUCACCCUUGAUUGGGCUGCAUUUCAGGUCAGUGAGGCAAAAUUCGGGAACCAAUUUGAGGGCAAUGUUGCUACCGAUGAUGACAAGCAGGGCAAACGCUGCUUUACUGUUGGUAAAGACGGCACUACCACCGGCCUCAAAAACGGAGCCGGCACCGAGUCCAUUGAAUUGGGCAUCUACGACUCUGGUGUCAGGUUUGCCCGGGCCUUCUCUGGACUAGGGGAUUCGGGAGCUCUUGUCUGGCAUAUUAGGGAUGGGAAGACUAAGAUUGUAAGACAGAUUCGCUCGGGACAGAACAAAGGUGGCUCAACAAGAAAUUACAUCACUUACUCCACCCUGGGCUCGAGCAGAUCAGAGAGCGCUUCGAGCAUGCCGACUUUUACCGUACCAGCUGGUCUGCUUGAGGGGGGCCCCGGCGGUUUCAAAAUUCUGCCCCCUCUUCCUGCCCCAUGCUCUUGUGCAAAGCUGUUGGAUAUUCAGGUGACAUACAUGGGCGAUAUGGGAAACAUAUAA